AGUUGUUUGCGCACAUUCAAGCCAAUCGGUUGGCUUCGCUCGAUUCCUCCCACAAACUUUACGGAUUACGCUGGAGGACACUUAAAUCGGAUUUAAAUAACCGAAACCCUGGAUGAUCUAUUAUUCUGACCGCCACUGUGUAUCGAUACAUGUUUGUGCGCAUCUAGAUACAAUCACUUGGUGGCUGUUGAACUCGCGAGAAUCCACUUGAACCAUGGCAAAAGUGCCGAUCACGCUGAUGAUCAUUGCGCUCGUCUCGGCAUCUCCGGACUUGGGAUGCGAUUUUGGCCAUCACCGCUGCUACAUCGAUGUGACUGCAGAGAACGCUCCCCGCCAGCGGCACCUCCUCUCCGACAUGGACAUCACGCUGCAGUGCAUCCGACCCAUGGCCAGAUGGUUCUACCAAGAUAAACUACAGCUCAGAAAUCCCUAUUUGCGAAUUGAAAGGGCACAAGCCGGGAAUUCUGGAAACUACGGAUGUUUGGACAACCAGAAUAGAUGGUACAAUGUCUCACUGGUUGUUGGCUUUAAGGAAACUGUGGGCAACGACAUAGCCAGCUUCUCCAGGGUGGAACCUGAACACUCAAGUCCGGAGACGGAUCUCUUCUUUCAGCCCCUGAAUGAAAGUCGAUCCCUGAAGUUGUUACAACCACUUCCCAAGUUGGUCCAACGAUCGGCGGGUGGUCUGUUCCAGCUGAGCUGCAGUCCCACAGAUCCGGAGGCAACGGGAGUGAAUAUUUCCUGGCUGCACAACGACACCCAGAUUCUGGGUGGACGUGGUCGGAUUAAGAUGAAGAAGUGGUCGCUUACCAUAAGCCAACUGCAACCGGAGGACGCGGGAAACUAUCACUGCGAGUUGUGUGUGGAACACGAUUGCCAAAGGAGUAAUCCCACCCAGUUGGAGGUGAUCAGUAGGGUUCAUACAGUUCCCGUUCUAAAGCAGGGAUAUCCACGCAAUGUGACGAGUAUUCUCGAGGAGAAUGUCAGCUUUGAAUGCCUGCUGGAGGAUUCAACCCUUGAGCCAAAGAUGACUUGGUUGCACAAGCAGAGUGUUUCAAACAUCGAGGAUGUUCUGCAGCGACUGAAAGAGCAGUCCCAAGUUCCAGUGGACUUUGAUCCGAUGAUCACUCAGAGGGAUGAACCCCAAGUGCUUCGACUGGGAAAUGUCAUCUUGGAAGACGGAGGUUGGUACAUUUGCAUUGCCGAAAAUCAGGUGGGACGCACAGUGGCCGCCGCCUAUUUGGAUUUGCACGACCAUCUGGACACGACGACACCUCGUGGAAUGAGUGUCAUUCCAACACUGAGUACUCCAUCACCUAGUCCUUCCUCCAGUGGAGUGGACACCAAAGGAAAUUCUGGUAGUGCCUUGUCUACUGAAGGCGAAAGUCCUCCAGUUUUUACCAAGGAACUGAAACGACUGCACCACUCGUUAUCUGGAAAUACCGUCAAUCUUGCCUGUCCAUCUUCCGGUCUGACAAAUAUCACUUGGACCAAGAACAACAAGCCUCUCCAGCGACCAUAUGGUGUCUAUGUCCAGAAGAACUGGACCCUCCGGUUCGUGGAGGCCACCAGUGACGAUUCGGGAAUCUACAGAUGCGAAGUGUGCAACGCCUUCGGUUGCAGUCACUUUGAAUUCAGUGUUCAGGUCAACGAUCGCACCAGAUCCGCACCCAUAAUCAUGGUGCCGCAAAACCAAACGGUGAAGGUGAACUCCACGGUGGAGAUGAAGUGCACCGUCUACUCGGAUCUGCAUCCAGCGGUUAGUUGGACGAGGGUUAUCCUCAGGAAUGCAUCGCUGGAGGGUCUUGACUCCGUGGAGAUACAAAAACUGAACUUCACCGUGACGAAUGAUUCGGUCGUUUUGACUUUGAACAAUGUGACCUACGAGCAGGAGGGUUGGUAUACCUGUCUGGCAUCCAAUAACCUGGGCAGCAGGAACUCCAGUGUUUAUCUGCGAGUGGUGAGCCAUCUGCCGCCCUUGGAGAUCUACGCCCUGAUUCACGCCCAUCCACUUGGAUUCACUUUGGCUGCCAUAAUGAUAGUGGCUCUCUUCCUGUUGGGCAGUGUUUUCAUCACCUUCAUGCUCCGUCGAUUGCGAAGGGAGAAGCUGCUGAAGCUCCGCAUCGAAACGGUUCACCAGUGGACCAAGAAGGUGAUCAUCUAUCGACCGGGUGAUGAAGAGGGAAGUGGCUGUAAUUCCGGGGACUGGCAAAUGCCGGUGAUCAGGAUUGAGAAGCAGAGAACCACUGUUUCCACAACGGGCACAGGUGGUGCUGAUCCUUCCCAGGGUUUCAAUGAGUACGAGUUCCCGCUGGACUCCAAUUGGGAGAUCCCAAGGCACCAACUCAACCUGGGUUCUAUUCUUGGUGAAGGAGCUUUUGGCAGAGUAGUAAUGGCGGAGGCGGAAGGUCUGCCCCGAAGUCCCCAAUUGGCCGAGACCAUUGUGGCCGUGAAAAUGGUCAAGGAGGAGCACACGGACACGGAUAUGGCCAGUUUGGUGCGUGAGAUGGAGGUGAUGAAGAUGAUCGGCAAGCACAUCAACAUCAUCAACCUGCUCGGCUGCUGUAGCCAGGGAGGACCGCUCUGGGUGAUCGUGGAGUAUGCUCCACAUGGUAACCUCAAGGACUUCCUCAAGCAGAAUCGACCAGGUGCUCCGCAGCGGCGUAGUGGUAGCGAUGGCUAUCUGGACGACAAACCUCUGAUUCCACCACAGCAGCUGGGCGAGAAGGAGCUUACCAAGUUCGCCUUUCAAAUCGCUAGAGGAAUGGAGUAUCUCGCGUCUAGAAGGUGCAUCCAUCGGGAUUUGGCAGCCCGAAAUGUCCUCGUCAGCGAUGGCUACGUAAUGAAGAUCGCCGAUUUUGGAUUGGCGAGGGACAUCCAGGAUACGGAGUACUACAGGAAGAACACCAACGGACGACUGCCCAUCAAGUGGAUGGCACCCGAGUCGCUGCAGGAGAAGAAGUACGAUUCGCAGAGCGACGUGUGGAGCUAUGGAGUGCUUCUCUGGGAGAUCAUGACUUACGGAGAUCAGCCCUAUCCCAAUAUCCUAUCCGCUGAGGAGCUCUACAGCUACUUGAUUACGGGUCAGCGGAUGGAGAAGCCGGCCAAGUGCUCAUUGAAUAUCUAUGUGGUGAUGCGACAGUGCUGGCACUUUGAAUCCUGUGCAAGGCCAACUUUCGCGGAACUCGUGGAGAGCUUCGAUGGGAUCCUCCAGCAGGCGAGCAGCAAUCCAAACGAUGCCUACUUGGACCUCUCGAUGCCCAUGCUGGAAACACCACCCUCGUCGGGGGAUGAGGACGAUGGUUCAGAUACCGAAACAUUCCGGGAGACCUCUCCCCUUAGAUACCAGUAUACCUAUAAGUUUAAUUAGUCUUUAGUCUUAGGAAACCAGGAGAAUUCCAACGAGUCAACCAGAUCCCAUCGAUGCAUCGCUAACCACUACUCCAUUGCCUUUCAUCACAGAAAUCGCCAAAGAAUAUCUCGCUGAAGCAAAAAUACCUUAAUUGGCCAACUCCAAACUACAAAAAGAAUCUAGCUUUUCCUUUCUGGACCUCGAAUAUUUUACGAUCAAUUUUCUUUUCCAUUGAAUUCCUUUGAAUGUCAAGUUGAAAUAGGAACUAAUUUGUCUAUAAUUUGUAUCAUUUACCAAGUAUUUUAAAAAAGUUUGGUCUGAGUCUUUGGUUUUUUGUAAAUGUAUUUCAUAAGUCUUCUUGUUGAGGCAAUAAAAACGAAUUUGUUUUAAAA